AUGCUGAGUGGGCAACUGGUCGGUCGUCUGGUCUCCAUGGCCGGCCGUGUAUGUCUGUCCCAGAACAGCUGGGGAUCGGGGACCAUCGGUCCAGUGGAAGCUGCCAUUCGCGCAAAGUUGGAGCAGGCGUUGAGCCCCGAGGUGCUGGAGCUACGCAAUGAGAGCAGUGGUCAUGCGGUCCCUUCUGGCAGCGAGACGCAUUUCCGCGUGGCGGUGGUGAGCUCUCGCUUUGAGGGACUGAGCCCUUUGCAGCGACACCGGCUGGUCCAUGACGCGCUGUCUGAGGAGCUGGCGGGACCAGUGCACGCCCUGGCCAUCCAGGCGAGGACCCCAGCCCAGUGGAGGGAAAACCCUCAAUUGGACACGAGUCCCCCCUGCAUGGGUGGAAGCAAGAAAACUCGGGGAGCCUCCUGA